GCAGCCCUGAGCCCAGCCUUUGAUUGGUUGCUGGUUACUAGGAGCUGUGACUUUUAGAUCGUAGCGUAAGAAGAGGAGAAACAGGGGCAGUUAAGUGGGACUUGGCGGAGGAGACAAGGCACCCGCGUGUGGCAGUGAUACCCCCUCAGCUGCAGUAACCAGGAAGGAAGCGAGUCAAGAGAAUGGGAGCUUAAGGGACAAAGGCGACAUCAGUGGUAUCGUGGCUGUGUGAGAGCGCUCAUAGGGUUUUAUCAGUAUUAGGGCGAUGCGAAACGCUAAGACAGUGUCCCCGUGAUUGUGGCAUGGACAAUCAGGAGCUCAUCAGCGCAUCGGAACUGAUUAAAGAUCGCUUAUAUUUUGCUACGUUGAGAAACAAACCAAAAAGCACCCUAAAUACUCACUACUUUUGUACAGAUGAGGAGUUUGUGUAUGAAAAUUUCUAUGCAGAUUUCGGGCCUUUGAACCUCGCACAGCUCUACAGAUAUUGCUGUAAACUUAAUAAGAAGCUCAAGUCUUUUAGUUUAUCCAGGAAGAAGAUUGUUCAUUAUACAAGCUUUGAACAGAGAAAAAGAUCAAAUGCAGGCUUCCUGAUCAGUGCAUAUGCGGUUAUCUAUUUAAAGAAGUCUCCAGAAGAGGUAUAUAAAGCUCUGCUUAGUGGAACUAAUGCUCAAUAUCUUCCUUUCAGAGAUGCUUCAUUUGGGAGCUGCACAUAUAACCUUACCAUACUGAAUUGUUUGCAGGGGAUCCGAAAGGCUCUACACUUUGGCUUCUUUAACUUUGAAAAUUUUGAAGCAGAUGAAUAUGAACAUUAUGAGAGAGUGGAGAAUGGUGAUUUUAAUUGGAUUGUCCCUGGCAAGUUUUUGGCAUUCAGUGGGCCCCACCCAAAAAGUAAAAUUGAAAAUGGUUAUCCACUUCAUGCACCCGAAGCUUACUUCCCAUAUUUUAGAAAACAUAAUAUCCGGGCUGUCAUCCGACUGAACAAGAAAAUUUAUGAUGCCAAACGAUUCACCGAUGCAGGGUUUGAUCAUUAUGACCUGUUCUUUGUGGAUGGGAGCACUCCCAGUGAUGGAAUAGUGCGGAGAUUCCUGAACCUGUGUGAGAACACUGACGGAGCUAUUGCUGUACACUGCAAAGCUGGCCUGGGCAGAACAGGAACUCUGAUUGCUUGUUACAUUAUGAAGCACUACAGAUUUACACACUCUGAAGCCAUUGCAUGGAUCCGAAUAUGCAGGCCUGGUUCUAUCAUUGGACCCCAGCAACACUUUUUGGAGGAGAAGCAGACCUGGUUAUGGCUUCAGGGUGACCUUCACAGAAGUAAUCAGAAACAGAUUCAGUCAGAGGAUCGGGCUGUAACUCGGCUUUUGACCGACUUUGAAGAGUUGUCUGUGUCUGGGAGGUUCUCUACCAAUAAUAUUUAUGAACGAGACAGAGAGAAUAACUCUGAAGAUGAACCGGAUCACAGCAAUGGGUUAACCCAGGGAGACAAACUUCGUGCCUUAAAGAGCAGACGACACCCAAGGUCUGCGACUACUGGAGCACUGCGGCUGGAUGACAUGAAACCACAUGCAAGAUCUACAUCACAGCCUUUCAGGGUGCUUGCUUCUAACAGCACACAGGGUUCAAUGUCCCCUCUGAAGUCAUCCAGAGUAACAUCAUCCACAUCAGCUAUUGGAAGAAGGGUUGCACAAAGUCCAAGAUCAACCAAUAGCAAAGGUGGAGGUUUCUCAGCAAAUUUGCGAUUUGCUGGCUCCCAUGGAAAUCUGAAUUCAGCUUUGGAAAAGAUAGAGAGCACCGGUCGCCCUUAUUCUAACCGAGCCAUGAGCUCCCAGGCGGUACCCUCCAACCUGUACCAUUCCAACUCUCGUGUGCGAAGUCAAGGAGAGCUAAACAACAAUUGCAACCAGAAUGUCCCCAGCACACCUAGUGAUCUGUAUGGAUCCUUCCGACCCUCAUACACAGGCCUCGUCUCCAGUCCACGUUUCCUGAGCCGUUCUAUUCCUUCCCUUCAGUCUGAAUAUGCCCAGAUCUGAAUGUUCACAGAUUCCAGUUAACCCCUUCGCGGUGACAGAUUCUCAGUCGUCGAGAAGCAGAGAGCAGACGAAGAGAAGAACAUCUGUCUCCACAUAACCUUAUCUCCCCACUCCCCACCAGGACUUGAUGCCUGAUAUCUACACACUACUGACUUACACCCACUACUGACAGAUGUUAUUAAAUUUUACAAUAUCCAGGACUUUACCAGAGUUGCCACGGAUUUCUUCUUUUUUUUUUUUUUAAAGAACUGGAAUUUUAUAUUGAAAUAAUUUUUUUAAAACCCUAUUUUGGUUUUACACGAAUUAGCUAAUAAGUAUAGUUAGUAUGUUCUAGAAUAUAUUAAGUACUGUAUAUGUGUUUAAAUCUUGCAGAAUAUAUUUUCAUGAUAGGAAUUCUUUGUAAUCAAAAGCAAUAUAUAUAUAUAUAUAUAUAUUUUCUGUUUAGGUUAAUAUUUUUAUAACAGUGUUUGCAGUGACAGAUUAUUUAAUUUUUUGGAUGAAGAUUCUUUGGGAACAUAUUUAAACAGCACUACAGUAUUGAUAGUAGUGGGAAAUGUGCAGUACUCCUGAAGUUUAGGCCUGUUUAUUUAGUAGAUAUCGAUAUGACAAAUGCUGGAUUAACUGUGCCACGCUGGCACCAAGUUAGACAUCAGGAAUUUUGUAGAACCCCUCCUACCAGUGGUGUAUUAUAAAUACCAGAUACGUCAGUCUUCCUCUGUAAUUUUUAAAAUGAAUCAAGAUCAAGGGGUGCCUUUUAUUUCCGUCCAGUUUUACACAUGAAAACUCUAUUGAAGUCUAAACUGGAACUAAAUUAAGUUUGAGAAGCUUUUUUCUUCUCAAAUUGAAUGUCAUCUAUAAGUUAAAAAAGCGGUUUCUCAUGAGAUUGAAUCUGGCCCAGUGUCAGAGGCGUAAAAACUCCAGGCCGACCCCCCCUGCAAAAAAUCUUUCAAGGGGCCUGGCACCAAAUGCAACUUACGUGGCCCAGCUCUCCCAACCCAUUUGAGUACAUGCGCGCCUGCGCAGGGACCAGCUUCCCCGGUGAUCAAGAGCAAAUGCAGGCAGCUGGUUUGCGAAUUCGCAGUUAUCAGCUGUAGAGGAAGCUAACCCCACAGUCCAGGGUCUGCGUCCUCUAUAGUUACUAGGGUUGCCACCUGGCCUGCCUGGUAAAAAUGAUGGUUGAUCCCAAUGUUAUUAAUAGGGAAAAAAGAUAAAUAUAUAGGAAGGCCGGUAUUUUUUUGCAGAAAAGGUGGCAACCCUAAUAGUUGCGCCACUGCCCGGUGUCUCUGGCAGUUGCACUUAUGUGACCUCUUAAAGCCCAGCAUUUUUCUGCAUUGAAGGAAAUGAUAUCUAAAGGAAACAGUGAUAUCAUGUACCCUGUGGUUGUGACACCUUCCAGUGAUUUAUAAGAUUUCUCCAGCACCCAUAAGGUUAAUAAUUUAGAACAGAAAAUAACAUCUGUAUCUUUAGUGUUAUUACUUGCUAUACUCUUGGAAUAAGCUAUUAGUAAUAUUACAUUUCCUGCUCUUGUGCAAUCACGGAAAGGCAGUGUCGGACUGGGGGGGUCUGGGCUCACCACGGCUGCAGCAUUGGGGCCCACACCCGACCCCCCUCCAUGACCCCCUGCCCCAGCUGCAACCCCCCUCCACCCACUUACCCCAUAGGCGCAUACCUCUUCACAAUCAGGGCAGGGGAGAGCAGCAGUAGGGUGCAUGGAGUCCACAGCUAUUGUGCCCCUGGGGAGCAGGUCUGGGCCGGAGGCCGCUAGCCCAGUCUAACGCUGCUGAAAGGCAACUAAUAAGCAUGCAGUAGGGACACCAGCAGGUAGACUGAUCUGCCAGACUGUUAUAAUGAUCACUUGUUGCACAGGUAGUUAUUAGUGUUGCAUUUUCUAAACAAAAACAGCAGUUUAUGAUGCAUUUGUAUGAUUUUAUUACUAAAAAUGAAAUCUGAUA